UAUGCAUACGCCUCAUUUCCGGAUACAAAAUCCCUUACUUCCGACUUUAAAAUCACUUGACACUGAGCCUUCAGUCCGUAUUUAAACAAUUACAGGGCUAUGGCUCGAGAAUAUGACCAUUUAUUCAAGCUCCUUAUCAUUGGCGACAGUGGUGUAGGAAAAAGCAGUUUAUUAUUACGGUUUUCUGAUAAUACAUUUGCUGGAACCUAUAUAACAACAAUCGGUGUAGAUUUUAAAAUAAGGACAGUAGAUGUUGCUGGGGAGAAAGUUAAAUUACAGAUCUGGGAUACGGCAGGUCAAGAGAGAUUCCGAACAAUCACAUCUACAUAUUACAGAGGCACACAUGGGGUAAUUGUUGUGUAUGAUGUGACAAGCGGUGAAUCAUUUGCUAAUGUAAAACGAUGGCUUCAUGAAAUUGAUCAGAAUUGUGAUGUAGUUAACAGAAUUUUAGUUGGAAACAAAGAUGACGACCCUGAUCGUAAGGUUGUUUUAACACAAGAUGCACAAAGAUUUGCUGAACAAAUGGGAAUACAGUUAUAUGAAACAAGUGCUAAAGAAAAUAAAAAUGUAGAAGAAAUGUUUCUUGCAAUAACAAAAUUAGUAUUACAGUCCAAAAAAGAACAAAUGAAAAAGCAGGCAGAUCAACCAUCAGAUGCCAUUAAAAUUAAUGGAAGAUCGAAAGACAAACGGACAAAAAAAUGUUGUUGAUGUUUGUAGUCUAUUGUAUUUUAUUGUUGUAAUGUAUCUGCAAUCUGUCUAAAAGGGAAAGCACCUGUUUACAAAGGGGAAUAACUCUGGAGUAAAUUGGAACUAUAUUGUUCACAAAGGGGAACAACUCUGGAGUAAAUGGGAACUAUAUUGUUUACAAAGGGGAACAACUCUGGAGUAAAUGAGAAUUAUCUUGUUUAUAAAGGGGAACAACUCUGGAGUAAAAAAACAGAUGUGAAAUCAUGCAAUGUAAAAAUUUAAAAGAAUUAUUUGCAUUGAAUACUGUAAUGUAUAAUGCUUGAGUGUUAGACUUUUCAUUUGAUCAUGUUGAUGAUAAUUUGCGAACAUUCUAUACAAUUGUACUCUGUGUCUGUUACUCAAAAUAUUACUAGAACGAUUAAUUUAUUUUUUGAAGUAAAAGAUAAUUUUUGGUAUUUAAAAAUUACAAUGAUAGUUGUGUGCACAAAGUCUAAAAAUUAAAAUCCAGAUAGGUUACAAAAAUAUAAAAGAAAAGAUAGCAAACAGCAUUGAACAUGCUGAAUGUGCCUGAGUUUAUAGAAUUAGACUUGCUUUAUGCUGGUUCAUAUAAGUAAAUGGGAAUAUUUUAAGUAUUGAUAUUUUUUACGUGUAGGUUAUUGCCCUUGACAGCAGGAAUGGAUUUCAUUCCAAUGUAUUUGUUUUUAAAUUAUUAAGUAUGAGAAUUUCAUGAUAUAUAUGUGUUUCAUCAAUAAAUUUAGAAAAAUUAAAAAAGCUAAUUUUUUGUCUUGAGAUUAUUUUAUAAUUACCACUCAGUUGAAAGUUAGAUUAGGACAAUAAGUCUUCUUAAUGCUGAUCCACAUGUUAAGUGAAGAAAUAGGAUGUUGACAUAUAUGUAAGAAAUUUGCAAUUUCACAAUCUAAUGCUUUCUGGGAAAUAUCAAUUCAAAAGCAUACACCAAAACGUUUUGAUUGGUUUAAAAUUUUCUAAACAAUAGAAAUUCAACCAAUGACAUAACCUUAUUUUCAUUUUUGUGUAUGAACAAUAAGAAUACCCAUAGUCCAUUAGAUUCUGAAAAGGCAAAUUUCACUUUACCCAGUUACUGGUUCAUUUUAUAUAGGCAUAUUGUAUAAACAAAGAUAUAAUGGUUGAAAAUAUCUGUGUAUACUUUUGUUUGUAGAGAUAAAUUUUCCUCAUUUGAUGGAAGUUUUUGGCUCAAGAAUGUGAUUUUUUUUUCCAUAGUUUUUUUUUUAUUCAGAGUGUUUAAAAUUUAUUACUAUAUGUGAAAUCCAUGUCAAGUUAGUACUUUUUAAUCCCACUUAUUAACAAAAUGACUUGAAGCCUCUUUUUUGUCCUCAGAUAUUUCUGCAAAUAUUAUUUGUCUUUAAUUUAAACUGCUGUAUAAAGUUUAAUAUUGCCUGCUUUUUGGUAUUCUCUGGUAUUCUCUCUUUUUCUUUUUGAUUUUCAAUUUAAAAUGACUCUGUUUGUUACUUCUUAAAAAAAGUAUUCAGAUAAAUUCUCUUGGAUUCUGUUGGCUUGAAGAGAAGAAUUUUACAAGCCUGAGCCGUAGGACUUGUGGUUAAAUGUGUAGUCGUAUACAUAGUACUGCUUUUAUAUAAUCUGUUUUCUUAGAAAUAAGAUUUUGACGUUUGAUUUUUUAGAAAUUAAAAUAUUUUUCAUUGCUGACACCUACAAUCUGUCCUUAUAGAAUUACUGAAAUUGAGAUUAAAAAAAAUAUAUAAAUACACAGUAAAAAAUGGUUGUAUGAUUAUUAAAAAAGAAUUAGAAUAAUUGUACUAUGGUAUUGAGGUUUAUUAAACUUGUCCACAAACUGGCGUCAGCCCUUAUACUAAUUUUUUGAACAAAUUCUUCUGUUAUGAAAUUUCCACCUUUCAUUUUAAUAUACUGACACACCAUUUUCUUUAGGAAUCACACCAUACAUUCUACAUAAAAAUUGAUUUCCUAAAUUUCAUAUGCAUCAAACAUUUUGUUCUCACAUGCCUUUUAUUCUGGCAAAUCUGCUAGGAUAUAUUAAUUCAUAGACACAUAUAUAUUUUUGUGUAGUUUAUGAGAAAGUCCCAUUUUAUGAUAUUUAGUAAUUUCAUCCAAAGAAUAUUUUAAAAAGUGCUUGUAAAUGGCAUAAUACUUUUUAUGAAAUGAAUAAUUCCUGGUGUUUACUUAUUUUGAAUACUGUAAAUUCAGAAAUUAUUUCAUCAAUGUUUUUAUUAUUGCGAAAAAUGUGUAUUUUGAAUACUGUAAAUUCAGAAAUUAUUUCGAUGUUUUUAUUAUUGGGAAAAAUGCGACAGAGAUAUAAUCGCAAUAAUUUAAACUAGCAUUUUGAUAACUUUUAUAUGAAUUAAAUUGGAUUUUUCUCACAAAAAUAUAAAUCGCAUUUUAGUCUAAAAUGACCAAAAUCGCAAAAAUAAAUAAACGCAAUAAUUUCUGAAUUUACAGUACUUAUACUGCAAAACAUCUAGUGCUAUUAUUGAUGGACUUCAUCUUUAAAUACUCAUGUAUCACUUGUUUCUCUAUAGAGCGUUUGUUUGGGUGAUAACUAAGUAUAUAAAUUAAACAUUUUUCUGAAAACAUUCCAAAAUAUCUAAUGAUUUUCAGAUUUAGAUGGGAAUAAAAGGAUAUAUUGGGAAAAUGACAACAAGACUCCAUCCAAAAUACACGAAAUCAAUUGUAAACCAUGUACAUACAAUCUGAUAUAGACAUGCAAAUUUUGCGUCUUUACAAUGUAUUAUGCUCUAAAUUUAUCCUGUCUACUAAAGAAGGUGAUAAAAGGGAGUCUCAUCCUGAAUUCCUGAGAAAAUAAAUCAUGAAAAUGUGAAUUCCUGAAUUGUGUUUAACCAAAAGGUUGGUUCCAACCAACCCUGAACUCCAUUACACUUUCCUGUAAAUUGUUUUUAAA